CACACUGUCAUCACAAAUAGAAAAAUUUAACAACCGUAAAUAACCAGUUCUCUGAACUAACUGCUGUGAAGAUAUUACUAGAAUAAUUACUUAACUUCCAUAAAUUUAUAUUUCUCUGUAAGAGUCAAUCUUAAGUCGUGAAUCAACUAACGACCAAUGGCCAAAAUACGAAAUGUGUUCAAAAAACAUCUCAUCCCAAACUUGGAGAGUAAAUGUCGGCUGUGUCUGUCGGACAAGGAGAUCGUCCAAUCAAUCUUUCGAUGUGAGACCAAAGAAACUACGGAUACGCUUGUGGAGAAAAUAUUCGAGUGCACUGCAAUUAUGCUCUCCAAGGAUUUCGAUUUUCCCUCCCCCAUCUGUGAGGAUUGUGCUUUAAAGUUAGACGAAUUCCUGCUCUUCCGAGCGAAAUGUUUGAGAAGCAACGAAAUUUAUAGAUUCAACAAAUUGCAUAAGCCUAGGCUUUUAAACGGAGGGGCGAAACCAGAUGCCACUGGGGAUGGGAGGGACGGAAAGAAAGAUCCCGAGCCACCUGAUCACAAGGACGACCCCAAAGAGGACCAAGGGGAUAGGGAUGUUAUAGCAACGAGCAGCAGUAGCGAUGGUGCUAAUGUAACUGUAAUCAACUAUGAACUGCCCAGUACAGAUAGUGUUCAACAACAACAAGUGAUAGACGAAACCAAAAUAACCGAAUGUAAUGGGAAAUCCGAAGACAUUGUUGAGACUGAUGGAAGAAAAUCAACCGAUCUUUGGUUGAUCGACAGCACCGAAGCGACAACAAUGAGUGAACCUUUGCGAACUGUGGAAUGUUCUGAGCAUGAAAGAAGCCUAAAAGAUGUGAUCGAAGGAAUCGUCUUUCCUAUUGGAACGGUUAAGGAAUUGGAUCAUUUGGAGCAUUGCAUACGGACGUGCCCUUUAGCUAGAGAAAAAUUUAUAACACUACUUAGAUCGCUAAAAACGCACGAUACCUCACUGAGCGAUACAUAUCAGCGCCUGUUCACGGAUGUGCUCAUGAUACACUACAACUACGAUGGAAUUUCGCCCAAAUACAACAAGCGACCGCUGAAAAGUCUUUCAAUUUUUACUGAAUGCAUGCUAGCUGCUUGGAACGAUCACAUGGACGCUAACUCCGUGCGGGAAGCAAUAAUAGAGGCUGUGAAAAAAUCUCAUAAUCGUUACAAUCAAUGCAACCAUCGUAAGCGCUCUAGGCAAGUAUACCUUUGAGAAACACAAUUCCAUACCGUUUGAGAUGCUCAACUAAUCGAACGCAAACUUUCAGCUAUGAGUGGUUAUAGCUGACGAUCAUACCACACUAGAUAAGUCAAUAUACUAGAUUACUAAACUGAAAUACAAAACAAAAAUUGCUUAAAGCAAUCAUUAGUGAUCAAGAUGUGUAGAUAAAUUUUAAUGAAUGAAAACAACAAUUUGAGAAAAAAAAACUAUACCCAACCAAUAGAAAGAUAAAUUGCCAAAAACAUGAAAAAUAAUAAACGAAAAAUGUAGGUUCAUUUUGAGCAUUUUUCGAGAAAUAAACGAUAAAAGAGGAACAAAAAUGUAAUCGAAAUGAUAGCUAAAUGAGAAUUAGUGAAAAUUUAAAUAUAGUUCCGCAAAUGAUCCUACUGUUUAUGUAAGGUUUUAGCGAAGUAAUAGUAAUAUAAGCACAUUCGGAUACGCACGAGUCGAAACCGCAGACUAGUUUGUUAGUCGGGAUAGAAGCAAUAUAACUAAUGAAAAAAUGUUAAGGAUUGCUCUGAAUUUUAUCUUGUUUCAAUAAGUUGUAAGUUAUUAUUUAUAAACCACCAAACGAACAGUAUCCUUCAGAUUCAACUAAAUACACAUCGAAUGUUUUUAACUCGAUAUACAUAUAUUUAGAACAGGUCUAGAAGCUAGAUCUGAUAGAAUCACGGAAAGAUUGAAUAAACUAUUUGAAAUUGUUUAGAUGAAUACUACGGAUUCAAUAAAGUUUGAUGAUACUUAGCGCAAUUGUUCCACUUGGCAUUUGUGACUAACUGAAGACAUACAAAGGGUAAUCUAAAUGAGGAUGACAUUGGGCCUGAUCACGAACGUCACUUCACGAUGAAAAGGAAGUGAAUUGUAUACAACGUUAUGACGGCUGUCACCGAGUGUGUAGAAUCCGGAAGAGUUCAUCCGUUGUGACAACUUUGAUGAACUCGGUGUUAUUAUAAAUACCACGAUACUGUCAUGUCACGGGGAAAAACAAGUAUAUUUGUCACUUGUGUUUUAGAUGGUGAAAGCUAGUCACGCGGAAUGGAAGAAAGAAAAAAUAAACAAACAGCAAUUUACCCGCUUUGUGGCAUUUUUAGAACGAAAUCCUGACGUAUCCAGAGAACGUAAAUUUGUUUAUUUGGAUUCGAUAAAUGCGCUAUGGGAUAUAAUUGAAGACUAACUACGGGUAGCUCCCGUAGACCGAUGGAAACAUGGCGAAAGGUCUAAUUUCGAUUGCAUUAAAUAAAUAGAAUUUUCUGUUUCUAUUUUAAGGAUUAGACUAACAGAGAGUUGCAACCCCAUUAAAUGGCAAUGGAGGCCACUGGCCCAAAACGAUAAUUAUGAUUGAUUAUAGCUGGUUUUUGUAAUUCAUACAUCCGCAAUUGGUGGACAAGACCUGAAUCAGGACGAUAGUUACAUCGAAUAAGACCAUUGAACUUUUGUUAUUACGUAAUACAUGUUUUCAACGCUAUUGUUUUGAAAACAUACUUUGAAUGAAAGAAUAUUUAAGUUUCAAAUAAGAAAAAAAGAAUCUAUAUUUGCAAAGCUUUUAAAUUACUAAUUUGUAAAUUAUUUUCUAGUUCUUUUUCCAUAAUUUUGAUAUCCGUCUAAAGAAAAUCUGAAUCAUUUUCUGUUUUUGGCAAAUUCCUUGAAACUCAUCAGAUGUUCCAUAUGAAAAUUAUGCUUCUGACCGACGCUACUGACCAAUUUCUGCUCAAAUAAUUAUAUCAAACCUCAUGGCCCGUAUAUCAAAUUACACGAGAAUGGGAAGGAUAAGAGGAUUAAGCUUCAGAAUCCCAUAUGGAAGUAGCUCAGAUUAUACUGAUCACGAGAUGGACAAAUUCGCAUUUAUUCUGAGAUAUAGAAGAUAUUAUUAUUCAUCAAAAUUGUAGAAACGGUUCUUAAAAAAUGAUUCUAACGUUGACCUAUACUAAGUUCUUCCCACUCUUCAAACGAGUAAGACAGAGCUUAGUACAAGAGUACGCGAGAUAUCGAUUAUUAAACUUAUGAUAAUCAUGCUUUAUCUCUAGAGUAAUUUAUAGAAAGGAGAAAUAAAACUACACUCCCAUAUGUUCAACAACUACAUUAUUCAAGAGCAACCAAGUAUUCCUCCUCAUCUUUGAACCAGCGUUUGAUUCAGCAAACUAACGCACCAAGCAAAUGAUUCAUGGAAUGAGUCCGAAUAGUUGGCAUUGAAAUACCGAAUCUUCGAGGUAUAAUCGCAAACUUGUCAUUCUAAAACAUACGUUCGAUU